CGGCGCUGAGGCUGCAGCCACUGUCGUGGGCGCGGGGCUGCUCGGCGGGACCCGGAGGACGGGCGCCGGGGGAACCUCGCGCGGUGCCCGACGCCCAGACGAGGCACCGGCGUGGGCAUUGCACCCGAAUCGGGUCGCGGCCGCUCCAGCGAGAGCCCGCUUCCCGCUGGCGGGACCAGGCCGCAGGCCGCCCACCUGACCAUCCGUCCGUCCAUCCGUCCGUCCGUCCGGGAAGAUGAGCGCCUGCGGGAGGAAGGCGCUGACCCUGCUGAGCAGCGUGUUUGCCGUGUGCGGCCUGGGCCUCCUGGGCAUCGCCGUCAGCACGGACUAUUGGCUGUACCUGGAGGAGGGCGUGGUCCUGCCCCAGAACCAGAGCACGGAGGUCAGGAUGUCCCUGCACUCGGGCCUGUGGCGCGUCUGCUUCCUCGCAGGUGAGGAGCGCGGGCGCUGCUUCACCAUAGAGUACGUGAUGCCCAUGAACAGCCAGCUGACGUCCGAGUCCACGGUCAACGUCCUGAAAAUGAUUCGCUCGGCCACCCCGUUCCCUCUGGUCAGUCUCUUCUUCAUGUUCAUCGGGUUUAUCCUGAGCAACAUCGGACACAUCCGCCCCCACAGGACCAUCCUGGCCUUUGUCUCCGGCAUCUUCUUCAUCCUCUCGGGCCUCUCGCUGGUGGUGGGCCUGGUGCUGUACAUCUCCAGCAUCAACGACGAGAUGCUCAACCGGACCAAGGACCCGGACACCUACUUCAGCUACAAGUACGGCUGGUCCUUCGCCUUCGCCGCCAUCUCCUUCCUCUUAACGGAGAGCGCGGGGGUGAUGUCCGUGUACCUGUUCAUGAAGAGGUACACCGCCGAGGACAUGUACCGGCCCCACCCCGGCUUCUACCGCCCGCGCCUGAGCAACUGCUCCGACUACUCGGGCCAGUUUCUGCACCCCGACGCCUGGGUCCGCGGCCGCAGCCCCUCCGACCUCUCCAGCGACGCCUCGCUGCCCAUGAACAGCAACUACCCGGCCUUGCUCAAGUGCCCCGACUACGACCAGAUGUCGUCCUCCCCCUGCUGAGCCACACGGCCUCCUCCCCCACCUCCGCCCCCGCCCCCUGCCCGGACCCUGGAUGGCCAGACAGCCUCCCUCUCGCGGGCUCCCCUGCCGGCCUGUGUGCCCUGGAUCCGGCCCGUGGUGGACAGGCCGAGGCCGCCUCCAUGCUUAGCUGUUGUCACGUGGCCCUGUUGUCUCCCUGCUCCCCCCAGAAUGUCUCCAACUGCCCCGCAGUGGUGUCGGGAGUCUGGGGCCAGCGGACAGCGGGUUGGCCGAGAGCAUGGGGGUAGCCCCACCCCUUGAGUGCCAAUCGCUCCAGCCACUGUCCCCUUUCCUGGGGCAGGUGAGUGUCUGGCUGUGCAGUCAUCCCUGCACACCCAGCCUCGUGGCCCCAGGCCAAGGCCAGCUCCGGGACACCAAGUCCCUUCCGCACGCCCAGCUGGAC